GCCUGCCUCUGGGUAGCCGCGGGACCCAGUUCGCGCAGACGGGAAGUUGCGGCUGCUCCCGAGACCGCACGCCACCCGGGGGCUGCGUGGGCCGCGCGCCGCGGACGCCGCGUCGUCGCCGGGGCUGUGGGCUGCCGCAGAACGGGAAGCGCGGAGCGGACCGAGGACUUGUGUGAGGAAGGCAGGCAUGGUGAGACCUAUUUCACUGACAGGAACACAGAGAGGGGACGCGUCUCUCUCUGAGUCUUUCGGCCACUAAAAGCAGUCAAGCUGGAGCCCAAAGCCCGGUGCCCCGACUCACAGCGGGGGGCUCCCUGCACCAACCAUGAGCCGCCUGCUCUGGAAGAAGGUGGCUGGCACCAAGGUCGCCUCCGGGCCAGUACCAGCAACCGCGCGCUGGGUCUCCAGCUCCGUCCUCGACUCCGUCCCCAGCGACGGGCAGCCGCCGUCGCAAAUGCCCUCCUCCGAGAAUGGGCAGCUGCGGCUCAACCCUCUGCUCAUCCAGAUGCUGUCGAGAGGCCUGCACGAGCAAAUCUUCGGGUGCGGAGGGGAAAUGCCCGACGGGGCCGCGGUGCAGCGCAGCAUCGAGCACCUGCGGAAGCACGGGCUCUGGGGGCAGCCGGCCACGCCCUUGCCAGACGUGGAGCUGCGCCUGCCCCGGCUCUUCGGGGGCAACCUGGACCAGCACUUCCGCCUCCUGGCCCAGAAGCAGAGCCUGCCUUACUUGGAGGCGGCCGCCUCGUUAUUGGAGGCCCAAUUGCCCCCCGAGCCCAAGAGCUGGGCCUGGGCGGAGGGCUGGACCCGGUACGGCCCCGAGGGGGAGGCCGAACCCGUGGCCAUCCCAGAGGAGCGGGCCCUGGUGUUCGACGUGGAGGUCUGCUUGGCAGAGGGAACCUGCCCCACUUUGGCGGUGGCCAUAUCCCCCUUGGCCUGGUAUUCCUGGUGCAGCCGGCGGCUGGUGGAAGAGCGUUACUCUUGGACCAGCCAGCUAUCGCCGGCUGACCUAAUCCCUCUGGGGGGCUCCACCAAGCAGGAUGGGCAGGAACAGUUAGUGGUGGGGCACAAUGUUUCCUUUGACCGAGCCCAUAUCAGGGAGCAGUAUCUGAUUCAGGACUCCCGGAUGCGUUUUCUCGACACUAUGAGCAUGCACAUGGCCAUCUCAGGGCUGAGCAGCUUCCAGCGCAGCCUGUGGAUGGGAGCCAAGCAGGGAAAGAACAAGGCCCAGCAGCCCACAAAGCGAGGGCAGAAGUCUCCGAGGAAAGCCAAGGCGCCAGCGAUUUCAUCUUGGGACUGGAUGGAUAUCAGCAGUGCCAAUAAUCUUGCAGACGUGCACAACCUGUAUGUGGGGGGACCUCCCUUAGAGAAGGAGCCUCGGGAGCUGUUCGUAAAAGGGAGCAUGAGGGACAUCCGAGAGAACUUCCAGGAUCUGAUGCAGUACUGUGCCCGUGAUGUGUGGGCCACCUUUGAGGUUUUCCAGCAGCAGCUGCCACUCUUCUUGGAGAGAUGUCCCCACCCAGUGACUCUGGCUGGCAUGCUGGAGAUGGGUGUGUCCUACCUGCCUGUCAACCAGAACUGGGAGCGUUACCUGACAGAGGCACAGAACACGUAUGAGGAGCUCCAGCGGGAGAUGAAGAAGUCGCUGAUGGAUCUGGCUAAUGACGCCUGUCAGUUGCUCUCAGGAGAGAGGUACAAAGAAGACCCUUGGCUCUGGGACCUAGAAUGGGAUUUGCAGGAGUUUAAGCAGAAAAAGGCAAAGAAGGUGAAGAAGCCAGCCUCAGCCAGCAAGUUGCCCAUCGAGGGAGCUGGGCCCUUUGGGGAUCCCAUGGAUCAGGAAGAUCCUGGACCACCUAGCGAGGAGGAGGAGCUUCAGCAAGGUGUAAUGGCCCACACCCGGUUACAGCAGCUGAAGAGCACCACGGACCUCCUGCCUAAGCGACCCCAACACCUUCCAGGACACCCUGGGUGGUACCGGAAGCUCUGCCCUCGACUAGAUGACCCUGCCUGGACUCCCGGCCCCAGCCUCCUCAGCCUGCAAAUGCGGGUCACUCCUAAGCUCAUGGCACUGACCUGGGAUGGUUUUCCUCUGCACUACUCAGAUGCUCAUGGUUGGGGCUACCUAGUGCCUGGGCGGCGGGAUAAUCUGACCGAGCUGCUAGUGAACCCCACUGUAGAAUCCGCUGCCGUAACCUGCCCCUACAGAGCCAUCGAGUCCUUAUACAGGAAGCACUGCCUUGAACAGGGGAAGCAGCAAUUGGAGACCCAGGAGGUAGACCUGGCGGAGGAGUUCUUACUCACUGACAGUAGUGCCAUGUGGCAAACGGUAGAAGAACUGGGCUGCUUAGACGUAGAGGCUGAGGCCAAGAUGGAGAAUUCAGGACUGAGUCAACCUCUAGUUCUGCCUGCUGCUUGUGCCCCCAAAUCCAGCCAGCCCACUUAUCACCAUGGCAACGGACCUUAUAAUGAUGUGGAUAUCCCUGGUUGCUGGUUUUUCAAGCUGCCUCACAAGGAUGGUAACAACUACAAUGUGGGAAGUCCCUUUGCCAAAGAUUUCCUGCCCAAGAUGGAGGAUGGCACCCUGCAGGCUGGCCCAGGAGGUGCCAGUGGGCCUCGUGCCCUGGAAAUAAAUAAAAUGAUUUCUUUUUGGAGGAAUGCUCAUAAACGUAUCAGCUCCCAGAUGGUGGUAUGGCUCCCCAGGUCAGCUCUGCCCCGGGCUGUGACCAGGCACCCCAGCUUUGAUGAAGAAGGCCAGUAUGGGGCCAUCCUACCCCAGGUGGUGACUGCUGGCACCAUCACCCGUCGCGCUGUGGAGCCCACGUGGCUCACGGCCAGUAAUGCUCGGCCUGACCGGGUAGGCAGUGAGUUGAAAGCCAUGGUACAGGCUCCACCUGGCUAUGUCCUUGUGGGUGCUGAUGUGGAUUCACAGGAACUGUGGAUCGCGGCUGUACUUGGAGAUGCUCACUUUGCUGGGAUGCAUGGCUGCACGGCCUUUGGCUGGAUGACUCUGCAGGGCAGGAAGAGCAGAGGCACUGAUCUGCACAGUAAGACAGCUGCCACUGUGGGCAUCAGCCGAGAGCAUGCCAAAAUCUUCAACUACGGCCGCAUCUAUGGGGCUGGGCAGUCCUUUGCUGAGCGCCUACUGAUGCAGUUCAACCACAGGCUCACACGGCAGGAGGCAGCUGAGAAAGCCCAGCAGAUGUAUGCUGUCACAAAAGGCCUGCGCCGGUACCGGCUGUCAGCUGACGGGGAAUGGCUGGUGCAACAGUUGAAUCUUCCUGUGGACAGGACAGAGGACGGCUGGGUUUCCCUACAAGAUCUUCGAAUGAUCCAAAGAGAAGCUUCAAGGAAGUCACGAUGGAAGAAGUGGGAGGUAGCCGCUGAACGAGCAUGGACAGGGGGCACAGAGUCAGAAAUGUUUAAUAAGCUGGAGAGCAUUGCCAUGUCUGACACACCGCGUACCCCAGUGCUGGGCUGCUGCAUCAGCAGGGCCUUGGAGCCCUCGGUUGUCCAGGGAGAGUUUAUAACCAGUCGUGUGAACUGGGUGGUACAGAGCUCUGCUGUAGACUACUUACACCUCAUGCUUGUGGCCAUGAAGUGGCUGUUUGAGGAAUUUGCCAUUGAUGGGCGCUUCUGCAUCAGCAUCCACGACGAGGUUCGCUACCUGGUGCGUGAGGAGGACCGAUACCGUGCUGCCCUGGCACUGCAGAUCACCAAUCUCCUGACCAGGUGCAUGUUUGCCUACAAGCUGGGUCUGAAUGAUCUGCCCCAGUCAGUCGCCUUUUUCAGUGCAGUAGACAUUGACCAGUGCCUCAGGAAGGAAGUGACCAUGGACUGUAAAACCCCUUCUAACCCAACUGGGAUGGAAAGGAGAUUCGGGAUCCCCCAGGGUGAAGCGCUGGAUAUUUACCAGAUAAUUGAACUCACCAAAGGCUCCUUGGAAAAACGAAGCCAGCCUGGACCCUAGCUCUGCCUGGAGGCUCUGUAUUUGCUCCUGUGGAGCUUCAUUGGAGCGGUGCAGGUUCCUAAACUCAGGCUUUCAGAUGUGCUUUUUGCAAAAGGCAGCGGGACCUGCCCAGGAGAGUCUUUCUAAUGGAAGGCACAGUUCAGUGCAUUCAGAAGCAGGACACCAGCGUCAGUGCAGGCUGUGUGACACGGGGUACUGUUGGGCACAAAUGAAGCAGAUGCCCCAAAGGUCACCUUAACUCAGGCAUUUCUUCCUCCUCUUCUUGGCUGGUUCUCUGUCCUGCUGUGUCUGUGCUGAUGCAGUGCCCUAGAAGGGGAGAGUACAAUUUUUGACCACCGUGCUCUAAGGGGAUGGGAAUAAAAACAAACACCAAACUCCUGGAACAGUCGAGCUUUCCAGUCUGCCUCCUAGGUGGUGAUUUAGAACCCCGUCCUGAGUAGAUGGACAAGCUGCUAGGAGCCUGGAGCAUCCCAGUGCUACACAUGGCCUUUCUAAGGAGACACAUCAGUCAGCUAUCUAGAUUAUUUUAUAUAAAUGUCUAAUUUUGA